AUGUGGUUUCGAACAUUUUGUUUAUUAACACUUACAAUCUACUUGGAAGUUCACUGCUAUGUUCCUGUUCCAAGAAUCUACCGUCAAGUUGAGCUGGCUCUUCGUCAUUAUUCAACCAAUACAGAUCACAAUCCAAUCAUACAUUCGUUACUUAAUGUUCUGGUUCAUGAUAAACGAGCGAAAGCAUUUGUUACCGAUCAAGCAAUCGAGAAAUCCUUAGAAGAUGUGAAAAAGUUCAAUAGAAAAGACGAACAUGUUCUACGACGACUUCUGUAUGGAACAAAAAUUUUACCAUCGAAUAAAAAACUGCCGACUGUUUUGGAAGAAAGCAUCGAAUCAGCAUUGAAUACAUUUUUUACAUAUCCACAUGUUGAUGAUAACCAAACAUUUGAAAUUAUAACUCGUGAAAGAAAACAAUUUUAA